GAGCGCUCGGAGAUGGAAACAAUCGCCAUCGAGCUCGUGCAUUGCUCGAAUCGCGGCUGGCCGGGCCGCAGCGGUACUUCGGGGACGGUACUGGUUUAACGGAGAAGAGCGAAUAUUUUUUUUUUCUUCGAGAAAAAUGCGAUUUUUCCGGACGAUUUUCACGCUCGCUUCGUCGAAUUGAUUUCGGAUUUUCGCGCGAUAUUUUCCGGGUACUGUUCGGGGUAUCGGCGGUACCGCUAAGGGAAGUCCGCCGAUGGCGAUUUUUGGUUUUGUCAGUGCGAAUUGGUCGGGUGGUUUUGUUUUCUUCUUGACUGGAUUAUUUGAAUUGUGAUUCGCUUUCAUAAUGAUGCAAUUUUCGAUGGACCAGCUGAUAACCACCAUAGCCCUCCCAACGGUCUCCAUCCUCUUGAUCUGGACCAUCGUGAUAUUCCACAAAAACCGCAAGAAAUGGGGCCCGUACGACAUACCCAUCGUCUGCAUACUGAUCCUCUCCGUGAUGAGAAACCUCGGCGUGCUCAGCUACGUGCUGGUCAACUCCCUAUCGGACCCCAGGACGUUCUCCUUCGAAUACUGCAGCGUCGUCGUGUGGAUAUUCAACUCCAUCCACACGUUCCAAGCCAGCUCGCUGACCACCGUAGCGGUGAUAGGCCUGUUCUCGCUGAAGCUGCACAAGAAGCGCCGCAACCUGCGCAGCUGCCUCACCUCCACGCACGUGGUCUACCACGUCUUCUGUCUGACGACGUUGUGCGCGUGCGUCGGCGUCGCGGCGGUGCUGGCCCAGCACGGGCUCAGUCCGAGGUUGAUCCAGCGCGCCGUCUUCGAGUGCAAAUUCAUGCCGUUCGAUUUGGACGUGAAGUUCAACAUCUUCAUACUGGCCUUGCACAUGUUUCUGUCGGUGGUAUCGUUCGCUAGUUUCCUCAUCGUUUGCUACAAAUCCUGCCAGAGCGAGGCGGAUUUCAAGUAUGUGAAGAAGUCCAAUUCGGACAUCAGCGAUUUCAGCUUGGAGAACACGCUGAGCAAGGAUAAUAAGGAUUUCUACGAUGCCUGCACGUUGCAGAGGGGUGCGAACGAUGGGAAUCAAUUCGGGCACGGCGAUUAUUGCGGUAAUUGGAACUCGGAUUUGUCCAAUACGGUGAGUUCGGUGAAUUCGAAGAGGCCCUGCUUGGAGGAGAGCAUUAGAGAAACGCGGGACGACGAGUACAGCAGGACCGGAUUGGAAACCAUCCAUCCCAUACUGAUCGUUUGCUACUUGUUCUACCAUUUACCCAUUAUCGUUCUAUGCAUUUAUCCGGAUUUGAUAUUCCCCUGGAGAAUAACGGAUAUCGCCUUAUGGUUGGGUAUUGUCCAGGACAUUCUUAUGCCAGUCGGAUUGGGCAUCGUAGAUUCCAGAUUCUGUAAAUGGGUGUCGAGCGUAUACAGAUGUAACUCCGCCGUAGAAGAUAAACUACCUCAUGCGGGUUUAGCAGGAAAGUUCCGUCCCUUCAGCCUCGGAAGCCAGCCGCAAAGUCUGGAAAUCCAGAAUACCGAAGGAAACCACCCAAUUUUCCAAUCGGUCGAGCACAGAUUUCCAAUCACCAACGGUUCUUUAUACACCAGCAUCGACGGUAGAUUACCGGUCAUCCAUAAUUACAGGCGCAACAAUAAGGACAACAGAAAAUGUUCGAAACCAGACAAAAAUCAAUCCUUCCACGGCGCGUUGUCGCAUCACCGACACGAUCACUUCGACGUUCCGACGAAGUUCCCUUCCUGCUCCACCUGCAAGACCGACCUGUGCCCCAGCCACUCCAAUUUACACCACCUCAGCACCAGCUACAUCAACAAACAGCUCAACCAACAACUCAACCAACUCAACCAAUUCAAUUGCCAGCUCAAGUCCGACGCCGCCCUCAACUCGCCCGCGCUGCACUUCAACCUGUUGAACCAAAAAUCCAUGGUCGAUCGGAUUGUCCACAGCCAGGAAUCCCUGCACGCGGCUCCCAACGUCGAACAAGACCGCGUGUUCCAGAGGAACUUCGAUUUCAAACUAAACAGCCAAGCCGUGAAGAAUUCCCGGAACAUCAUGAGGAUGAAUCAGAUGAGGCUGAGCAGAAGCGAGGACAGCCUCAACGAGCUACAUGCAAAGGAAAAAGUCGACAACGCCAAGUAUUCCCCACGAUGCAAACCGAUCGUUCCUCGCGUUAAAGUCCAGGAGACGAUGUCCAACGACCAGUACAGCUCCGACGACGAGUACAACACGGACCUGAACAACGAACAUUUCGACUCGAUGAGCUCGAAGAGUUGCUACAGCAUCACCACGGAGGCGAAUUGCGACUUCGAUUUCUUCCAAUCGGACUCCAAUCGGCGCGACAUCGUCGACGAUCAGGGAUACUACAUCAUCAACAACGUGAACAACAAGCCGGUGAUAACGUCGGUGAAGCCGGUGCUGGAGAAGGACAACGUCAAGGAGGAGCUGAGGAAUUUUAGGAUAAGGAGAUCGAAUUCGAAGAGAUCGUUAGAGAACUUCCAAGCGUUCGUAGAAGAGGAGGAGAACAUGAAGAACAAAUCGAACGGCAAGUUCGGCUUGCAAAGAUCGAAUUCGUACGUGACCCUCGAAGACAAACGUGCUAAAGCGUUCAACGACAAGUACUUCAGGAGCAGUUGCAAGGAGACGACGGCAUCUCCGCAGAUCCACGUGUACAGGCAACGAGUCAAGUCCGAAGAGUACCUGCCCAAUACGACCACCGUCUACAUUGAAGACGCGGGAUUAAGUUGUUUCGGCGGGAAUUGCACGGAUGAAUGCGGCGUGAAGUGCGUACACAGCAUACCGGAUUUGAAGAAAGUUUUUAUUUCUGAAUAUAUUUAAUGUGUAUGUAUUAUGUUAUGUAUACGUAUGUGCAUCAUUUACCAUUUUACGAUUUGUAAAUAGUAUUAAGUAUAUAAUUGUUUUUUUGAAACGU